AUGGUAAACGUUUUCCAGCGCCUUGCCAGACGAGCCACGACCGGUUCCGGCAGCACCGUUCCUGAAUCUGGAGCCAAUGGCAGUAAUAUUCCAAGAAGAUCGCAUGAGUUGCAUCGAACUACAAGUGGGAAUUCUUGGAAGCGCAACCGGCGGUCAACUGUCGACGAACCCUCGCCGCGACACUUGAUAUUGAUCUCGGAUAAUGCUACCUUCGACCCGCAUAUCAUCCAGCGCUUUCAAGCGGAGGGAUUUGAUGUGACGUAUCUUGGAUUUGUCUGUACCGAUGAUGCGGAGAAAGAUCGCAAGGCUUUGGAGUUUGCUGUGCAUGAGAAGGAGGACGAAUUGGAGGCCGGGGAGCGAUAUGCUAUAGUUGCAUACAAUCGACCAGCAUACUACCUCCUCGGCUCUCACCAUCUCACAGCCAGCAGCACCAACCCGUUCCCUCGUCUCUGCGCCCUGAUCGCCUACUACCCGCUAACCUCAACCGAACAACUCGCCAACAUGUUAUCGUCUCACAACCAAGAAUGCUGUAUCCCCGCCUGCUCAGACACAAGCUCCAUCUUUGAUCCCCGCCCCUCAGAAUCUUACCUCCCAAUCCAAAUCCAUCUCCCAGGCCACCGUCCAGACUCCCCGACCUUCUGGCCCUGGAUCGGCCUGAGUCCCACCGAGGGCGACGUCUCCUACAAAAAGCGGCACCGCUGUCACGUAUACACAUAUCCCGAUGCACGGGCCGGUUUCGCAGAACACAAACCGUCUAAUUAUAGCAUUAAGGAUAACGGGCCUCACGAUGAUGACCGCAUUGGUUCGCAGUUAGCGUGGAGUCGAGCGUUAGGGUGUUUGCGUCAUGCUUUUGGCGCGGGGGGUAAUUGGCCCGUUGAUGAUAUUGAGACUGUUUGGGAAGAGUAUUGGAUGAGACUGAUGGGUGAUUUGGACAAGGUCAAGAGUGAGAGGGUGAAGACGGGUGCUGCUCGGUCGGCGGUGGAUGUUGUGCUAAGAUCGGGGAAUAAUCGGAUCAGUCAAGGAGGGGGGAUGGAUUUGCUUGAUGAGCAGAUUGCGAAGGUUGUUUGUGCGCCUACAAAGGCUGGAGGAUCUACUCCGGAGGAUCUGAGGACUUUCUUUGCGGACGUAUUUAUACCUGCUGGCCCACCGAGUCAGCACAUUCGUCUUUUAUCACGGACUGUUGGCGCUGAUCGUAUCGUGGACGAGAUUCUAUUUACAUUCUGCCAUAGCAAGGAAGUACCAUGGCUACUUCCUUGUGUACCGCCGACGAAUCGUGAUAUCCAGGUGACCGUCGUGGUCGUGGCUAGUUUCUUUGCUGAUCGGAUUGUCCAUCAGAGCUUGUAUUGGGACCAGGCGGAUGUCCUUGUGCAGGCGGGACUAUUGGAUGCAGACCUCGUGCCUAAGAUGAAUACGGGAAAGCGAGGGUAA